GCGCGAAGCUUACCGGGCACGCUGUCAAGUGGAGCAAAAGCAACCGAAAACAAACUCCUACCACUGAGAAGUAUCAAGAGAAGUAACCUAACUAACCUUAUAUUGUUACACUUGUUCAAGAAAAAGGGAUGACCUGAUGUCCCGAACGUAAUGGCAACUCCAGCAAUUCGGAUGUUCCGGAGGUUAGAGGGUCUGUUUUGUGUGUACAAGCCCUCUGGUGUCCACUGGAAACUUGUUCGGGAUAGCAUUGAGACAAAUCUUCUUAAAGGUUUAAAUGCUACACCGAUCCAGCCACUUCCUCAGGAGGUGCGCUUCUUGGAGCACCCACGCAGUGAGACUGAAGCACCCAAGGGACUUACACUGUCUGCAGCCUCUGUGCCAGUGCUGUCCAAACAUCCUCUGGUGACUGGACCUGAAUUCCAGCAUAUACGAGUUGGAGUAGGGCAUCGCCUGGAUGCAUUCUCUUCUGGUGUUCUGGUUCUUGCUGUCGGGAAUGGAAACAAGGCUCUGAAUGAUCUCUACAGAACACGGGUGACAAGGGAAUACACUUUGGAGGGUGAAUUUGGGACUGCGACAGAUGAUUUCUCUCACAAAGGCAGAGUUAUUGAAAGAUCCACUUAUGAUCACAUCACACAGGAUAAGCUGGACAGAGUGUUAGCGAUGCUGGAGGGAGUCAAUCAAAAGGCCUUGUUAAUGUAUUCCAAUGUCGACAUGUACUCACAGGAAGCCUAUGAGAUGGCUGUGCACGGUUUACUGGGUCCCGAUGGGAAAUCACAGCCCAUUCUGACAGGCCUGCGUUGCGUUCACUUCCAGCCCCCCAACUUCACUUUAGAGGUGCAGUGUAUAAAUGAAACUCAGAAAUAUUUACGCAAAGUCGUGCACGAGAUAGGACUCGAGCUGCGCAGCACAGCAGCGUGUAAAGGAGUCAGACGGACCCGAGACGGACCCUUCACCCUGCAGAAUGCUCUGAUCCAUCACCACUGGACUGCUUCUGAUGUUGGACAGGCCAUCGGACAAUACCACUCUAAAAAAAAAGAUUCUCACACUCAGAUCAAGAACCCCGCUUUUCAACCAACAGAAGGCAGUACGACUACAAAGCAGCAGUAGGUCCAAUGAAAUGCCGUGUUUCAGUGAGGAACAGUUAAUAACAUUCACAGAACCGCUCUACGGUGACUUCAGUUGGAAAAGAGAUGUGAAAGACCACAGAUCCUGGUUCCUAAAACAGAAAGGUAUCAACUUCUCUCCACUCAAUAAGACACUUCCUGCCUCGUAUAUGAAUAGUCCUUUGUUAUGCAGGUUCAAUGUUACAAUGUUUUGCAUUUAAUUUUAAUGUAAUCCCCAAAUAAUAUUACGACUGUUUGUUUUUGAUGAAAUAAAAAUAAAUGUGACCAA